AUGACGUACGAUGUGACCGUUGAUGGCGACGGGUUUGGUCUGGCCGAAGCCAUGGAUCUCGCUGAGGCCGGGGACACGGUGAGCCUCCAGGACGGGACCUACGAACAAGCCCUGGAAACUGUGAGGGACGGGGAAUCCGGCAACCCGAUCACCGUGGUCGGCGGGCCGGGGGCGAUCAUCAAGGCUCAGAAUAGCGCCAGCCGUUCAGUGUUCGUUGGGCACAGCUUCAUCGAGCUCAAGGGAUUCACCGUGGAGGGUCAGAUCGGAACUGAGGUCACCGAGGAUUCUUACGUCCUCAACUGCAUCUACGUUCAAGGGCCUGGGUCUGACUCUUCCACCUUUCUCGACGGCUUCGUCAUGGAGGAAAUGGCAGUUCAGAACUGCGGGGGAGAGUGCGUGCGCCUGAAAGAUGGUGUGACCAACGCCAAAAUAUUCUCAAACACGAUCACCAACUGCGGGAUCCACGACUACAUGUUCGAGUCGGGGGACAUGAACGGGCAAGGGGUUUGCAUCGGCACUUCCAGCGAUGAGUGGCCGGACGGGGAGGAGGAUGUUUGCACCAACAACCUGGUCGCCGGGAAUGUCAUCGACACAAGCGCCAACGAAUGCGUCGACGUCAAGGAGGGUGCCUACGGUAACGUCAUCGAGGACAACAUGUGCUACAACCAGCUGGACAUCAAUUCCGGCUGCUACAACUCGCGAGGCAACGACAACAUCUUCCGCAACAACGCGGGCUCUGACUGCUUGGGCGCCGGCGUGAGGCUAGGCGGUUGGGAAGUGGACGGCUUCCAAUACGGUGUGGGCAACAGCGUGUACGACAACGAUUUCAACGACGUCGGGUUCGGCGCUCUCAAGAUUAUGGUGGACGGCCAGGGCACCAUUUGCGGCAACACCUGCGCGGGUGACGACUGCCAGUUGAUCGGCGACUAUCUCGACGACACCAUCGACACGUGGGACCACGCAUGCUACGAGGACGAUGAGGUCACCAGCACCUCCAGCUACUACGAUGAUGACAGAAAAACGUAUUAUAGCGGUUAUGAUGACGUCACCAGCACUUCCAGCUACAACGAUGACGACAGCAAAACGUAUAUUAGCGCUUACGAUGACGUCACCAGCACUGUUAGCGAGGACAAUGAGGCGACGACCAUGACUGUUAGCGGGGAUGAUGGCGUCACCAGCACUUCCAGUUACUACGAUAAUGACAGCAAAAUUUACAGUAGCGGUUACGAUGACGUCACCAGCACCGUGGGCGGUUACGAUGAAGUCACCAGCACUUCCAGUUACUACGAUGAUGACAGCAAAACGUAUAUUAGGGGUUACGAUGACGUCACCAGCACCGUGGACGAGGACGAUGAGCUUACGACUGUCACUGUGAGCGAGGACGAUGAGGUCACCAGCACUUCCAGCUACUACGAGGAGGCCACCAGCACUGUUAGCGAGGGCGACAAUGACUCUGGAGACGAUGAUAGCUCUGACGGUGAUUCUGAUUGCGACAGCUGUGACGGUGAAAGCUCUGACGAUGAUGUGCUUGGUCAGGGAUAUGGCUUCGCGGGGGCUAUGGCUUCGCAGUAG